GCUCCCGACGAUGUAGAACAGCUAUAACUUUUAGAGAUCAGUGGCCAGCAGUGGUAUUUUGAUAUUGUAGUUGAUUACAUUUAUACAUGGUAUAUAUAUGACUAUAGGGCAAUGAUAUUUGAGACCUAACUGUUGUCUGAGUCGGUGAAGAGUUAAAAUUCAAAGGAUUCGAAAUUCUGAUGAAAAUACGAGCAUCGAAUCCCGCACUGCGGAAAAUCAUUGUGCUUCUUUCCGUUUGUACGUUCGCAUCUUUAUUCCUUCAUUUUGUGUUACUGCCUCAAAGGUAUUUGAAGAAUUUGAAAUCCGAAAGUUCAAAAGAAUAUACGAAAACCAAGGAAUCAAAUACUGCAGUAAAAAUACCAGAGGAAUAUCUCCAGAAUUUUUCAAAUAUAUCACCACACGAUUAUAAGUAUAUUAUCAGGCCAGAUACUGAGAAGAUAUGCUCAUACAGACAACCAGAAAGGUUGAAUGAAGGAAAUUCAAAAAAACGUCUCUUGAUCCUAUUCAUUGUUCACAGUAAGGCUGAACAUUUUGAACAUAGAAAUGCAAUUCGUGAAACAUGGGGCUCAAUUGCAAAAAGAUUGACACAGGUUGUGUUUUUGCUCGGUGACCCAAAGAAUGUCACAUUGCAGGGUAUGGUAAAUGAUGAAAAUCGGAAAUUUGGUGAUCUCGUACAAGAAGAUUUUUUUGAAACAUAUCGGAAUAUAACUUUAAAAAAUAUUAUGGGUUUGAAAUGGGCUUCACAACGUUGCCCACAUGCAAAAUAUGUAGUCAAGACAGACGACGACAUGUUCGUCAAUUCAAAGAUGCUGAUUUCAACUUUAAUCAAUUCAAGGCUUCCGAAGAAAGAUUUAAUAAUCUGCAAAAUCCAUUUCUUCAAAAAUGUACCCAGAGAAGGAAAGUAUGUUAUUGCAAGAUCUUUAUACGAAGAAGAUUACUGGCCUUCAUUUUGUUUUGGGGGAUGUUGGAUCGCAUCAAUGGACGUCGUUCGGCGUUUGUUCGACGUUUCACUGAAAACGAAGCAGAUCUACCUCGAUGACGUCUACGUUACCGGUAUAUUACGAACAAAGUUAUCGAUUCCAUUGAAUUAUAUAUCUAGGGCAUAUAUGAUAUUUUGUCACACCAGGGGAAAUCACACAAUGGUACGAAAAAUGUGGAAUGACAUGGAAGCUAGUAGGAUUAACAAAAUGUCCAUAGAUGGGAUACAAAGACAAAAUGAACCAUAUGUCAAAUUUUGGGCGAGAUGCUUUACUUGAUAUGAUUGCGUUAUGAUGUUUAAGUUAUAGAUGAGCACCCGCGUGUGAAUUAUAACAUCAAAAAUGAAAUUAGUUUUAGAAUUGCACAUGAUAUUUCAAAAACGUUUAUCCUUUCUAUAGAUGUCAUAUUGACCAAACGGACCUCCUGAAAUAUGCGCGCCAAGAUGGCGCACAACCUGAACUCAGGUUGUGUACCAGGUUAGGGUUCAGGUUAUGCGACAUCUUGGUGUGCAUACUUCAGAAGUACCGACCAAACUAAUCAUGUUUGCUCGUGAAUAUUGUCUUUUGUCGAAAUAUUAUCGAUGCCGAUUCUGAUCAAAAAGCAAUUGACUUAUAAAAUUGUGGCUUACCAUUAUAAAACUUCACUGUGUUCAUUGUAAAAAAUAUAAUUUAUAGAGUUCAUUUAUAUGUAAUAUGAUUUGAUAUAUCUUAUUUUAAAGUAAAGAACUGUUGAAUAAAUUAUCCAUAUCAUUCAUUGGUCUAUAAUAAAUAGCACAAUAGGUUUCUCACUGUUUAUAAAGGAUGAAUCACAGUGCUUACAUACGGCUUUUACCUAGUACAGCGAUUAAAUGAAGCGCAAUUUCUGCACUAUCCGUUGCGUCAAGCUGAGCUUUUGGUAAUAGGUUCAAAUUUUACAUUUAAUUGCCAUGCUAGCAUUAGGAAAACUUCAAAUAACAUCAUUAUUGUGGGAGAAAUAUAUAUAUAUACAAACACACUUGAAGAUAACAUUUAAAGAUUUGGAUAAUGUGUGUUGAAAUAUAUUGCCUCAGAGCUCCAAAAGUA